UAUCAGGUUUUUUAGCCAGAAGGAGAGGCCACAAUUGCUCACAAAUCCAAAAGGAGCAUUCACUGAAGCAAGAGGAGAAUCCAAUCCAAUCUACUCCACUCCAAUCCAAUCCAAUCCAAUCCAAUCCAAUGGCCCCAAAGUCAGGUAGAGGCAAGAACAACAAGGCCAAGUCUGACAAGAAGAAGAAAGAAGAGAAGGUUCCCAGUGUUCUUGACAUCACUGUCACUACCCCUUAUGACACACAAGUCAUUCUGAAGGGUAUCUCCACUGACAAGAUACUUGAUGUAAGAAGGCUACUGGCUGUGAAUGUAGAGACAUGCCAUCUCACAAACUUUUCUUUGUCUCAUGAAGUCAAGGGGCGGAGAUUGAAUGAUAGGGUUGAGGUUGUUAGUCUGAAACCCUGUCUUCUGAAAAUGGUUGAAGAGGACUACACCGACAAAGCCCAAGCCGAGGCCCACGUGCGGCGGCUGCUCGACCUGGUAGCCUGCACGACCCGAUUCGCCAAGCCCAAACGGUCUGCCUCUAACCCGGACUCGAAGUCCAAGAAGAACGGCGGUAGGCUUGACAACAGGAGCUCCGGGCCAACUUCGCCGUCCAAUGGGGGAAGUGCACGUGCGACUUCAGCGCGAUCCGAACCGUCCGUUUCUGCGAUCUCGGAGAGCCUCGGGAUGGUAGCCAUUCAUCCGACGCCGAAGCUCUCCGACUUCUACGAGUUCUUCUCUUUUUCUCACCUCUCCCCUCCCAUCCUCCAUUUGAGGAGAUUGGACGCUGACGAUGCACACGAGAGGCGCGAUGGUGACUAUUUUCAAAUUCAGAUUAAGAUUUGCAAUGGGAAGCAAAUACAAGUGGUUGCAUCUGUCAAAGGGUUCUACACUGUGGGGAAACAGUUUUUACAAAGCCACUCAUUGGUGGAUCUUCUGCAACAGCUCAGCAGAGCUUUUGCGAAUGCAUAUGAAUCCUUGACAAAAGCUUUUGUUGAUCAUAACAAGUUUGGUGAUCUUCCAUAUGGUUUUCGAGCAAAUACAUGGCUUGUGCCUCCAUCAAUUGCUGAGUCUCCAUCAGAUUUUCCACCCCUACCAACUGAAGAUGAAAAUUGGGGUGGAAAUGGUGGAGGCCAGGGAAGAAAUGGUGAAUAUGAUCUUCGACCCUGGGCUACAGAUUUUGCAAUACUAGCUUGCCUUCCUUGCAAAACUGAGGAGGAGAGGGUAGUCCGAGACCGGAAGGCCUUUUUGCUUCAUAGCAAAUUUAUUGAUGUCUCAGUCUUUAAAGCUGCUUCAGCAAUACGUGCUUUAAUAGGCUCCAGUAUGAAUGCAAAGGAGACAGUGAAUUGUUCUCAAGGCUGUGUUCUUUUUGAGGAUCGUGUUGGGGACUUGUCCAUAGUUGUAAAACGUGAUACAACAGAAGCAUGGUCGAAGUCUGAAGUGAAAGCUAAUGGCGACCAUUUAUGCAGUAUGUCCGCCAAGGAAGUUGCUCAGAGGUGUUUACUUAAGGGUUUAACUUCUGAUGAGAGUGUGGUUGUUCAUGAUACUUCCUCCUUGGGUGUAGUCAAUGUAAGGCACUGUGGAUACACUGCAACAGUUAAAGUUGUUGGUAAUAUAAAGAAGGGGAACCGUCAGGCUAAAGAUAUUGAUGUUGAAGAUCAACCAGAUGGAGGAGCCAAUUCUCUUAAUGUCAACAGCUUGAGGGUUCUGCUUCAAAAGUUCAAAACUGAAUCAUUGGCUUCCUCUGAUUUGGAUAGCUUAGAAACUUCUAGGUGUCUGGUUCGAAGAGUAAUAAAAGAGAGUUUGACAAAACUUGAGAAUGAACCUGUGAAUUCUGAAAGAUCUAUCAGAUGGGAACUUGGUUCCUGCUGGGUGCAGCAUUUACAAAAGCAGGAAUCCUCUGUAGUUAGCGACUCUGAUAGUCUUGAUGACAAUAAUGAAGCUGAAGCAAUUGUGAAAGGUCUAGGAAAGCAAUUUAAACUAUUGAAGAAGAGGGAAAAGAAAACAAGUGGCGAAAGAACAUAUGAUGAGGAAGAAAUUGAUGCUAGUGAAAGCAGAAGUAGCAACAACAGAACAUUAGAGCUACACAAUGGAGAUAUCAGCAAUGAUUCUGACUUGAAACAGUUACUUUCAGAAGAAGCCUUUUUGCGUCUGAAAGAAACUGGAACUAAUCUUCAUCUGAAGUCAGCAGAGGAGCUUAUCAAGAUGGCACACAAAUAUUAUGAUGAAAUUGCCCUGCCAAAGCUGGUAACAGACUUUGGGUCCCUUGAACUUUCACCAGUUGAUGGCCGUACAUUAACAGACUUCAUGCAUUUGAGGGGACUAAAGAUGCGCUCUUUGGGUCGUGUGGUUGCACUGUCGGAGAAGCUUCCUCAUAUACAGUCACUUUGUAUUCAUGAGAUGGUUAUUCGAGCUUUCAAGCACAUGCUUGAAGCCGUCAUUGCUUGUGUUGACAACAUAACUGACUUACCUGUGGCAAUUGCUUCAACCCUAAAUUUUCUACUUGGUGCUUCGGGGAUGGAAGAUGAUGUCCUCAAAUUGCAAUGGUUACGAUUAUUCCUGGCCAGAAGAUUUGGUUGGACACUAGAAGAUGAAUUUCAGCACUUGAGGAAGUUAUCAAUUCUCCGAGGACUUUGUCAUAAGGUUGGUCUGGAGUUGGCCCCGAAAGAUUAUGACAUGGAUUUCCGAAAUCCUUUCAGCAAAUACGACAUUAUUAGCAUGGUUCCAGUGUGUAAGCAUGUAGCAUGCUCUUCAGCAGAUGGACGGAAUUUGUUGGAGUCUUCCAAAAUUGCUCUUGAUAAAGGGAAGCUGGAGGAUGCUGUUAAUUUUGGAACAAAGGCACUAGCAAAGAUGAUAGCUGUUUGUGGCCCCUAUCAUCGAGUUACAGCGAGUGCUUACAGCCUUCUAGCGGUAGUUCUUUACCACACUGGUGAUUUUAAUCAGGCAACCAUUUAUCAGCAGAAGGCUUUAGCUAUUAAUGAAAGGGAACUUGGGCUUGAUCAUCCAGAUACCAUGAAAAGCUAUGGGGAUCUUUCUGUUUUCUAUUAUCGUCUUCAAUACAUUGAAUUGGCUUUAAAGUAUGUAAAUCGUGCUUUGUAUCUUCUUCAUUUUACAUGUGGACUAUCUCACCCUAAUACUGCUGCAACGUACAUAAAUGUGGCUAUGAUGGAAGAGGGCAUGGGAAAUGUACAUGUUGCUCUCAGAUACCUGCACGAAGCUCUCAAAUGCAAUCAGAGACUAUUAGGAGCAGAUCAUAUACAGACUGCUGCAAGCUAUCAUGCCAUAGCCAUAGCUCUUUCGUUGAUGGAAGCAUAUUCCCUCAGUGUGCAGCAUGAGCAAACAACGCUUAAGAUACUUCAGGCCAAACUUGGGCUGGAGGAUCUUCGUACUCAGGACGCAGCUGCAUGGCUUGAAUAUUUUGAAUCUAAAUCUCUGGAGCAGCAAGAAGCAGCACGAAAUGGAUCCCCAAAGCCAGAUGCAUUAAUUGCAAGCAAAGGUCACCUUAGUGUGUCAGAUCUCCUAGAUUUCAUUAGUCCCGAUCAAGAUUCGAAAGUAAAUGAUGCUCAUAGGAAGCAGCGGCGUGCAAAGGUACAUCAGUCGAGUGAUAAUAUAUCUCAGGAACAUCAAAAUGUAAUAGCUGAUGAUGACCUCGGGAACAAGAUUUUGCUAGAUGGUAAUACUGAAGUAGUUGAGGAUAGAUCGGUUCAUCAGGAACCAGAGGAAGAAAAAAUUUCUGGAACUGGUUUGCCAAUUACAAGCUUAACUGUUGAAGAAACAACUUCAGAUGAAGGUUGGCAAGAAGCCGGUUCAAAGGUCCGGUUUGGGAGUACCGCUACAGGCCGGAGGUUUGGUCGAAGGAGGCCAGAGAGUGAAUAUUCUAAUUUUAGAGAAGGCAAAUACUGGAGGGACAUCAUUUCAUCACCGCAGAAUGCAGCUCCUAAGAGCUUUCUGACUGAUUUAUCUCAACCGAAACAGUCAAAGGUUCGUACUUUGAGUGCUGGGGAGGAUUCAGUUAAACUUAAUUCCAAAACUUCUGUUUCUAAAGUUCCCACUACUCCAGUCACUACGAACUUGACUUCGAAAACUGUGUCUUACAAAGAAGUAGCUUUGGCACCUCCAGGUACAGUUCUAAAGGCACUGCUGGAUAAAGUUGAAGACCCAAAUGUGGAAAACCCUGAAACCAAGCCGUGCGAAAUUCCACCUGAGACAUUAAAAAUAGACGAAAGCAUAGGAGAUUCUGUAGUAGAAGAAAUUCCAGAUGACAAGUUGGAUGGAACAGGUCUUGAAAGUGCAUCCCAGUUGGAAGCUACAGCCCCUGAAAUUGUUGAGGAAAAGUCUGGAGAAAGAAAUGGAAGUAAGCUUUCAGCUGCUGCAGAACCAUACACUCCAAGACCACUCGCAACGACUCACCCUCUCAAUCCGGCAGCUGUUACAAGUGUAUACGAUGUGAGAGCCAGUCAAGUAAUGCUUUCAGCACCUGUACUCCCCCCAGCAGCUGCUAGAGUUCCUUGUGGGCCAAGGUCGCCUUUGUAUUAUAAAACCAAUUAUUCUUUCCGCUUGCGGCAAGGUGUUCAGAAAUUUCAAAGACAAAUUACAGAAAGUGGUGGUUCUGGGCCUCCAAAAAUCAUGAAUCCACAUGCUCCUGAGUUUGUUCCUGGGAGAGUUUGGCAAGCGGAUCCUAUAGAUGAAUAUGCAGAACUUGCAAGUGAAUCAAAUCCUUCACUUGAAAUUACUAGGUCUCAACAGGAGGAACGGGAUGUAAACUCCAAUAGUAAAGCUGGAGAUGGCAUUUUGAGAAAGAGCAUCUCGGAGACUGAGAAGUCGGAGCUUGCAAGGCAGAUAUUGCUCAGCUUCAUAGUAAAAUCUGUCCAGCAGAAUAAGGAUCCUGUAACUGAAAGUAAGCAGGAAAACCAUUCAGAUGCCAUAGAAAAUGAUAGUGCGAUUAUUAAAAUUCACUAUGGAAAUGAAGGAAAGAAGGACUUGCUUUCUGAAUCCAGUGACUCUGAGCAGCCAAAAACAACGGAUGUAAAUACAAAAGAAGGGGGGGAUGCCGAAGGAUUUACAGUUGUCACGAAGAGGAGGAAAAGCCGGCAGCUCAGAAGUGGGGUAACUGGGAUGUACAAUCAGCAAUCUAUUUCAGCUUCUGUUCAUUGAAUGUAUACAGAUCUUAGGGUACCAAGAAGCAUCAGUUUUUUUCUUCCUCAAAUCUCACAUAACAAGAUAUAAUGUAGAAAGUUUCUCAUUUUUUUUUGAGAGAGAAACUUGGAAUUUUACUUUCUUUGUUUGUCAAUCAGCUCUCCUCAUGUUUAUGUUUUAUUUACUAAUUUGGAGACUCAGAUGAAUAAAAAGUUGUCCGUUCUCGAGUUCAGUGUCUGGCAUCACUAUAUCAGAAUUUUACUAAUGAUCAAUG